AUGGGUGCCGAACUCUCAGUGAUAAAUGAUCAUCCGAAUUUCAUCGUCAGAAAAGCCAGUAUUUUUACUCCAUCUCAAGGAAUUUGUUUACAAAGACUAGAAGAUAAUAUCAAUCGUUCAUUCAAAUUCGACAAAGGUUUAGCAUAUGGUUCAUGGUAUGAUAUUCAGAUUAUUGGUCAAGCCGUAGUUGAUGAUGAAGAAACACCAGUUCAACGUUAUUUGAAAAGAGGCAUAUAUCUUUCUUAUGGUAAAGCGGUACGCAUGAAUGAGUUAACGUCUGAUAGUUGUCUUGAUCUUGGUAGAGAAUGGCUGUGUUCUGAAUGUAAAGAAGUAAAUAUUGGAAGUGUGGCAAUUUGCGAAUAUUGCGAUACAAAUUGUCAUCAAAAAUGGAUCUCCUGGGUAUCCUAUACACCUGCUUUAGGUAUCCCGUUCUCUAUUGCCGACGCCGUUCUACAGAGUGGUAAAGCAGCACUAUCGAACACAAGUGAAGAUAAAAUUGAAGCUGGAAUCACAACAGCAACUGCAGUUGUAGACGUUGUGACAGGACCAUUUAUGGUAGGUUCAGCGGCUGUUACGGGAACUAAAGCACUGGCUCAAGUUGGCGCUAAAUUAACUGCUAAAAAAUUUGCUAGCGAAGUUGGAAUCAGGGUUGGCGGAGCUUUUCUAAAAGCCGCUGCAAUGUCUGCUGCUACAAAAAAAGCUAUUCUAGCCACAAUACUACUCAGAAGAAGAGGAAAAGAUGUUAACGAGGCUGCCACGUCUAUCACAAGAAUGGCAACAGAAGUUCAGCGAACCAUGACUUAUAUCAGUAAAAGUUUAAUCUACUUCAUCUUUUACUAUAAUAAAGUUUAUCAAGACAAAGAGAAAUGUAGUACACAAAUGUUAAACGAAAUCUGA